AUGCACCGGAAUAUCCCCUUUUUCGUAUCUCCUUCGCCCCUUUUCCCGCCAGUUGCCGCUGAAACUCCGGACUUGUAUCAGGAGCUUUCCGCCCCAUUUCAGCAUUUUUCCUCGCCUUCAAGUGACUCAAAUGUGGGACAAAACCUGAAAUUAACUGACUGGGAAAGCCCAGAGAGGCCCACAACAACGGAAACAACAAAAAGGGAGGCAGAGGGCCUGCAGCACCUGCUGCCAGGCGCACAGCAGCCAGACUCAUUUGAAGACACCUCCAUAUUCUCAGGAGAUUCCAGGCAGAGGCAUGAAGCCGCAAGUUCAACAAAUGCCAUACAAAGCCAGUGGCUGCAUUUGGAAAAUAUCUUAAGUGGGACAGCACCAGCUGCAGGUGCAGCAGGUGCAGCAGCAGCACUGCAUGCAGCAGAUGCAGCGGCUGCAGCAGAUCCGGUGGAUGCAGCAGCAGCAGAUGCAGCAGCAGCAAUUGCGCCAGCGGCCGAAGUUGAGUUGAAGGAACCUUCGAUGUGGGGCCUAGGCUCAUCUAGACUUCAGCGAAGUGAAACUGCCGCAGCAGCAGGCACAGCAGCAGCAGGCACAGCAGCAGCAGCAGAUGCAGCAGCAGCCACAACAGCAGCAGCAGCAGCAGCAGUCGGGGAUAUGCUUGCUGCAGCCAUUUGGGACUCAGGUGCAAAAAGUGGUUUGCAAAGCAGGGCCAUCUGGCCUUUGCUGAAUAAGCCUGAGACUGAAAAUGGGACAGAAGCAGAAACUAAUAGAAUGGCUUUUGUUGACUCAGACGCAGCAGCAGAGAGGCAGCUGCUGCUGCAUGCAUGCGACACAGCAGCAGCAGCAACGAAGCAGCAGGACCAAACCCUUCGGCAUCUGAGGGAGCAGCAGCAGCAUCAAGAUGAUCCUGAGGGCCUCAGGGAGAAUCUCUUGGUGGAGCGUCGAGCACCUGCAAGUGCUGCAGAGCAAAUCCUGCAGCAGCGAGCAGCAGCAGCAGCAGCAGCAGUAGCAGCAGCAGCAGCUGCCGGCUACCCCCAUGUGCUUAUUGGGGUUGUUCUCGCAGAUGGCUCAGUCUGGGGCGUAGAUGACCUUAGGGAAGGCUUGCUGCAGAGCAGGCAGCAAACAGUUUUGCUGCAGGAGCAGCACCCCCUAAACGAACAGCAGCAGCAGCAGCAGCAGCAGCAGCAGCAACAGCGACAACAGAAUUUGCAGCUGAGGCUGCAGCAGCACCGGCGGCAGCUGCUGCAGCAACAGCAGCUGGAACCAAGCUUCCUCCGCAGCCUACUGCCCGAGCAGAUGCAGCAGCCAUCAGUAAACUAG